AUGACAAGCAACGACCAAUAUGUCCUAGUGACAGGCGCAAACAGUGGCCUCGGUCUAGGUACCUGCUGUCGGCUCAUCGACGAAUAUCUUGCCUCUCACAAAUCCGUCGAGCACAGCUUGACCAUCGUCUUCACCACCCGAAGUGCCCGCAAAGGCGCUGACACUCUCGCCGCUCUCGAGAAGCACCUCGCCAGACAUAGUCAUCCUUCCCGCCGCAGGGUUUACUUCCAGCCGGAAAAUGUCGAGUUGACCAGUCUCCUCUCCAUUCGCGCCCUCAGUCGCAAACUCCUCGCCUCGGAGCUCCCUCACCUCAAUGCCAUUGUCCUGAAUGCCGGCAUUGGAGGCUGGUCGGGCCUUAACUGGCUUGAGGCCGUGCGGUCGUUCUUGACGCAGAUCAGGCAGUCUACAACAUGGCCGACCUACAAGCUCGGGCUGGUGGGACUGGUCACGAAGCCGCAGUUCCCACCUGGCGAGAGCGAGGGACAUGAACCUCUCCUCGGCGAGGUUUUCUGCGCCAAUACGUUCGGGCACUACAUGCUGGUGCAUUGGCUCAUGCCUCUGUUCCGCGCAUGUCCGGGGGAGUCUCCGGGCAAGAUCAUCUGGUCGACGUCCAUCGAAGCCGAUUCGCACCACUAUCACCCUGAAGACCAUCAGGCCUUGAGGUCGGAUGCGGCGUACGAGCAUACGAAGAGGAUGGGAGACUUGCUGGCCCUCACUGCGGUAAACCAGCCAGCAACAGCCAAGCAGGUGAAAGAGUACACCACCUCGUCACCCUCGCUGGGCUCAGGCAGGUCACGGCCUAUUGAAUCAGAUCCAGUUUUUUUACUCUCGCAUCCAGGAAUCUGUACCACCACAAUCAUCAGCCUGUUCUGGAUCAUCCAUGAAUGCUAUCGUCUAGGAAUCUAUCUCGCUCGUUGGUUCGGAUCACCGUGGGCCAACGUGACGGCCUACCUUGGCGCUGCCUCGGCAACAUGGCUCGCUCUGGCAUCUCCUGCAGACAUCAAGGCAAAAUGGAUCGAAGCGCUAGGCGACGACGGCGGCGGAGGACCCUGCAAAUGGGGAUCCUCAGUGGACCGGUUUGGCCAUUCUGAUGUUCGCGUGACCGAUGUGGCAGGGUGGGGUCUCAAUGGGUCAGGCAAGCCCUUUAGAGACAAAUGGUGGGGUGGCAGCCUCGGACGGAAGACAGGCUCUACUGAUGCGACGGAGGAGGAUGUGGCUGAAUUCAUCACGCAGGGGGCACAAGUGUGGGACAAGAUGGAAGUAUUGAGACGGGAAUGGGAGGCCAGAAUCGAGCGGUACGAGGCCGAGCAGUCGAUGAGGAGUAAUGGGCAUGUAAAGACAUGA